AAUAGAAGGUUUGCAUUAAAAUCAGAUUGGUAGAAAUAACUUAUGUUAUUGAAUUCAUCUACACAAUCUUCUCUAUUGACCAGUCCACUUUGCACCCCAGAUUUGUUUUUUUUUUAUUUUUAUAUGCAAAAUAUGCUACAAUUAUAUGCUAUAUUCGCAUUGCCGUCCUGGUGCAAAAAUCAUCAUACACAACAUCCAUGUUUCUUAUAAGAAAAGAGAAAUCUCAACAUUGGUAAAUAAUUCAAAUCUUUUACCUGAACAGUAAAUCGUUCUUUAAAAACAACGCAACAUAUAAUUUCGUGUAGCAGAAGAAUUUUAGCCCAAAGCGCGUGCUUUUGUGCUUAUAUUUAUAUCGCCCUAAAAACUGGAAGCCAUCUUUAAUCUCACUGCGAGAUCUCAUUGUUCUUUGCUUAUAGAAAUUGCAUUUGGUCCUUUAGUGAUUAGAUGCGUAGCUGUGUUUACACAUUUUUGCGCUCUCGCGUCCUGACAGGUAAAAAAAGAAAGACACAAAGGUCAGAUUGGCUAUUUACGCUAAUUUAUAGAGUUUUAGGAAAAAACAACGCAAUAUUUCCCAUCUCAUGAUUGAUGAUUCGCCUGUUGUUUAGACGCCAUUAAGCGUUUGAAUGUUUUUUUUUUAUUUUUUAUAGAAUUUUUAAUUGGAUCUUUUAAGGUUCCAUAAAAUCUGCGCCGACGUAAGGGUUUAAUUAGAGGUUGUAUAGAGAAAACAAUAAGCUUAUAAAAAUGUGUAGCAGAUGGAAAUUUAAAGAAUCGCUAUAAAUAUAAAAACCUGUUGUUUCGCAUUUGAGAUUUUAGUUUUUCAACUAUACUAUAAAUGCGAGAAUGUUGGCUUUUUCGUUUUUGUGAAAUGUUGUGAAAGGUUUUUUGUUGUUUGUCGAAGAUAUAACUAAUUUUUAAGUAAUUUAAAUACUACUACAUAAUUGCCAACCUUGUGUUCAUAGCCUUUUUACUUAAAGGUGAAGAGGCGAUGACCCUGCUACUCUCCAUAAAGAGCGCUGCGCCCAUAAAAACAAUUACUAAAUUUGAUAAAUAAAAUAGGAAAUAAAGUCUGGAACCGGAAAGGCCGCUGGACCCUAAACUGAACUUCUUUGACAUUUUUUAUAAAAAUUAGUACCAAAUAUAAAAUUUAUUGCUAUUAAGUUUAUAAUUAAAUUUGUUGUUCUCUAUGAUAUAUCAUAUCAAAUCGAAUUCCCACAAUCAAUUUUUCAGAUGCUGAACCCGCUCCACAAGGCGCAGCCUUAUUGGAGCAGCCAUCUUACCCAGUGGUAUUGUUAUUGUUCUACUUUUGUUCUCCCUACGAGGUUUUGUAAAAAUUUCAACACGCACCUUUAUGUUAGCGUUCGGAAUAAGCAAGGCAAUAAUUUGCCGAAACUUUUUUAUAGAGUCUGCACUGAUAAGUAUGAAUUAUUAGUUUGGCUGCGUCAUUGACUCUGUUGGCCAACUACUUCACACAAUUUACAUCGUACUCUUUUGUGCUUAAUUGUAGGAGGAGUCGAAUAUGCAGGGGGGUGGGUACUCCGGGGAAAAUUUCUUAAAGUGGGGUGGUCAUAAUAAAAUGAGGAGGUGGGUCUCAUUCUCAGAUUUCAAUAAAAUGGGGGGUCAUUAUAAAAUGAUUUUAGGGGUGAAAAAUUCGAAAAAGUUCUAUUGACCUUCUCCUACAAUUAAGCACAAAAGAGUAUUUGUUAUGAAUAAUAGGUUACGUCUGUACUUAUAAAAAGACUGAUCCCACGCCACCUUCUGCUCGGAAAAUUUCGGAAAAAUAACAUUCUGAACAUUCAUUGGUAAUUUCUUACUUCAAAUUUUCUUUUUCUUCUGUUCGAGAAAUAUUGCUACUCAGAUAUGAGUGGCAAAAUAUUUUUUGUCCAAUCAGAAGACGUAGAAAUUGACUUUUCUUAAGAGAAAUUUGUGACAUGCCCAACGCAGAAGCUUUAAAAAGUAUAAUAACUUGAACAACUUGAUAAAAUAAAAGAGACUAAAAAAAAGAAACAAAAAUAACAAAAUAAAGCGCAAAAGUGUAUUGUCUGUUUUGUCACAAAAGUUUGUUGUUUAUUUCAUUCAAGCGCGGGAAGAAAUAAUAUCAAUUUGUUAAUUUCACCAAUUAAAAAGCGCGGGAAGAAAAUACACAACAAUGGACAAUAGAUAGGCAAGUGUAAUUUAGUAUUUCAGAUUUCUUUGUUACAUUUGUUUACGAUAAAGAUAGAUUAGAAAAAGGAGCACAAGUUGUCGUGUAUCAAAAUUCAUAUUCUGUUUUUUGUACUUGUGAAUUUCUAGUUGAAAUUUUUCGACCGAAAUAUUAGUCGUGGAGUUAGCGGUUAAACAAUAAAAGUUUAUAAUGAGUUGUUGACAAUCAAAAACUGAUUUUGUUUCAUUUUUUUGAUGACAUUUAGUUACUAGUGCUUCUCAACAAGUUGGUAUUAUGUAACAUUUUGUCUCCAUCUCUGAACUAAUGACAACUAUUAUAGCGGACUUAUAUAAUUCUAAAGUGUCAAAAAUUCUUUUCCCCCUAUCAAAGUUCAAAAAAAUAAUUAAAUAAAUGAUUUAAUAGAAAAACUUAUUAGCAGAAGAAAGAGCAAACUUAACAUAUAAGUAUAUUUGCUAAUUUAAAUAACAAGAUUUAAUAUUUUAUAAGUUUGAUUUUACUAGUAUCUUAUUUUCAAUCUUUUAUUUGCUUUGUGCAACUCAAAUUUUUAUUGAAGCGAAGAACAGAAAAUCUUCGUAAAAUUUUUUAAAAAAGAAAGAUGCAUUGCAAACCGACUAUGUCGUUAUUAACUCCACCAAUUACGUUUAUCUUUGGUGGAUUAUUUAUUGCUUUUUCAUUGGUUGGAACAAUUUCGAAUGUUAUUGUGUUAAAGAUUCUCAGACGGCCGCUUUUCAAAACUCAAACCAAUCGGAUUUUAGCAUCCUUAGUAUUAGCCAAUAUCUUUGAAGGAUUGAUAGCUGCACCAAUCUCUGCUUGGCAAUUAUUUAGUCGCUUUGCCAUCACUAAUUGCUACAUCGACUUUCUAAGACGUUAUAUUAUAGUAUCCCUUACAGGGACUUCCCUUUUAUCUCUGGUUAUCAUUGCAUUUGAUCGAUGUAUUUUACUGACUAGACUAAACGAUUACGAAUCGUUUAUGACCAGAAGAAACUGCUUGUUAUUAGUGACAUUCGCAUGGAUUUGUCCCGCUGUAAUACCUUGUCUAGCGUUUCUUGGUCGCCAUCUAUAUCUAGCUGUAGCUUUGUUGGUAACGCUGGGUUCUUUUGUAGCGUUGAUUUUAAGUUUUUAUUUUAUAAAGAGAGCAGUCAAGAAACAUAAUGAAAUCAUGUUGAAGCAUCAACGCGAAGCUACGUUGUACGAAAAUACAAUCAAUAACAGAUAUAAGGAGCAGCAGAGAAGAGAAUUAGUCCAUGUUAAACUGUCAAGACUGGUAUCAUUACUCAUUAUAACCAAUUUCUGCAGUAUGCUAUUGUCGAACAUUUGGAUUCUGGUCAACAUAGUUGAAACUAAUUAUCCUGUAAUGAAUCUGAAAAAUUCUCAGCUUUUUUAUUUAGUUUCAUUGGCGAUGGUUUUGACAAAUCCUUGUAUUAAUCCGUUCAUUUUGUUUUCAAAGCAUCCAGAAAUUAAAAGAGAACUUUAUGAUUCAAUUCAACAAUGGAAAGGUCACUGAACUGUUUAAAUGUCUUUGACUGCACAAAAUUGAUUGCAAUGAAUCUGAUGUCAAUGGAUUCAUCUACAGCAAUUAAAACAAGGUACAAUGGAUAAACAUUUCCCACUGGUGUUAGCAACACAUUUAAGAUACGUGCUUAGAAGAAUAUUUCAUUUGCAUUCUUUCGGACGUCAUUAAAUAAAGACAAAGUGGAUUUGAGGAAGAGAUAGUUGCUACUUCCCGGUAAAAAUUUUGACAUGCAGAAGUUUCGGCAGAAUUUCACAGUGACGUCACUUUUGCAAAAGAAAACGCGUUAUUGCUCACUUUAUAUAGUAAAGCAAUAUACUACUGUAAACUGUAUUAUAUUUCGAAUUUAUUGCGGCCAAUUGUGUUGAUGAUUAACGGUGUAAUAUUUUAAGUACUUAAAACAGAGAAAUGGACUUAAUUACUGAUCCAACAUCGCUAGAAAAACCAGCCAUUUUAAGGCUAGUAAAAUAUUUUGGGCUUUCUCCUCCUUCCAAAAUCAAUGUUAAAGAUAAAAUAUGCUUCCAUGAUGGCAACAGAAGUACUUUAA